AAUCGAAUUGGAGACCCUGCUUGAGCAGCUCAUACUCGACGAUAAGCGGUAACGCUUGGUCAUGGUCCGCUAGAGGAUAGAAAUGUCAGCUUCGUGUCGUCAGUGGACGAACGUCAGGCCACACGUGGACGUACGGUUCCAGCGUACGAGCGUGCGACCCAAGGUCUUGCGGUUCAGUGGGCGACGACCAGUUGGAGGUGUGGAAGACAUGUCAGCCAUGUCAGCCAUGUAUGCCUCGCUGAGUGAUGAACCAGGUGUAGGGUGGACUGGUGUAUGGCUGAUUGUCGUAGGUAUCAAGCGAUAACAGCGAGGAACUAUGACUGGAGGAUGAAGAGAUGUUGGAAGCUGUGCAUGUAGUGCAGGUGGAAGACGAAGGGUCAUUGCCCGGAACAAGCCGUCUCGACCUAUACACUUCGAGUGAAUGGGCAAUAGCGGAAAGGCGGUGUAGUGUUCAUAGUAAUAAGAAUGGAAGGAGCAUACAG